CCAUGGUUUCCCACAAGGAGUUUCAAAAUGCAGGGAAAGAGCCUGGGCUGCAGGUGUGGCGUAUUGAGAACAUGGACCUUAAGCCGGUUCCCAAAGCCCUACAUGGCAGCUUUUACACCGGGGACGCCUACCUGCUGCUCUUCACCACCUCUGCACCGUCCUACUGCAUUCACAUGUGGCUGGGCAACGAGUGCUCGCAGGAUGAGUAUGGUGCGGCGGCCAUCUUUGCCACACAGCUGGAUGACUUCCUGGGCGGUGGGCCGGUCCAGUUCAGGGAGAUGCAGAACAACGAGUCCACCACCUUCCUGGGAUACUUCAAGUCAGGCAUCAAGUACCAGAAAGGAGGCGUGGCGUCUGGCUUCAAGCACGUGGUCACCAAUGACAUGAGCGUGAAGCGCCUGCUUCACGUAAAGGGUCGCAGGGCCAUCAGAGCAACAGAGGUGGAUUUGUCCUGGUCCAGCUUCAACAAAGGAGAUUGCUUCAUCAUUGACCUAGGAAAGGACGUGUAUCAGUGGUGCGGCAGCGAGUGUAACCGCUUUGAGCGCCUCAAGGCCUCCCAGGUGGCCAUUGACAUCAGGGAUAAUGAAAGAAAUGGGCGAGCCAAAGUGCACAUGGUGGAGGAGGGCAGCGAGCCUUCGGAAAUCAUAGAGGCCCUUGGACCCAAAUCUGCCAUUGCUCCCAGCACUCCGGAUGAUGACAAGGUGGACACCUCCAACAAGAGGAAGGGCGCCCUCUACAUGAUCUCAGAUGCCUCUGGGUCCAUGAAGGUGUCCUGCGUGGCUCAGUCCAGUCCAUUCAAACAGGCNUGUCCGAAGGCCAAUCCUUCUGAGCGUAAAGCGGCCAUGUCUGCAGGGCAGCAGUUCAUUAAAGACAAGGGAUACAGCAAUAAGACACAGAUCCAAGUCCUUCCUGCAGGGGCAGAAACAAUCCUGUUCAAGCAGUUUUUUAGUGACUGGAGGGACAAGGAUGAGACAACAGGACCAAGCAAGGCCUACACCAUUGGCCGCAUCGCCAAGGUGGAGCAAGUUCCCUUUGAUGCCUCCUCUCUGCACUCAAACGCAACCAUGGCGGCCCAGCACGGCAUGGUGGAUGACGGCAAAGGCAAGGUCCAGAUCUGGCGCGUCGAGGGCGGAGACAGGGUACCGGUGGAUCCUUCAACCAACGGCCACUUCUACGGCGGAGACUGCUACCUCAUCCUCUACAGUUACAGAAAGGGCAGCAGGGAGCAACACAUCAUUUACACCUGGCAGGGGCUGAAGUGUACGCAGGAUGAACUGGCAGCUUCGGCGUUCCUCACAGUCAAGCUGGAUGACUCAAUGGGAGGAUCCCCAGUUCAGGUGAGAGUGACUCAGGGUCAGGAGCCUCCCCACCUGAUGAGCCUCUUCCAGGGCAAACCCAUGAUCAUCCACAGCGGGGGAACUUCUCGUAAAGGUGGGCAGUCUCAGCCUGGCAGCACCCGUCUCUUCCACAUCCGUCAGAGCUCUUCCGGCGCCACCCGUGCUGUAGAGGUCGAGGCCUCGGCUUCCAAUCUGAACACCAACGACGUCUUCGUGCUGAAAUCCCCCAAAGGCCUGUUUGUGUGGCGCGGCGUGGGAGCCAGCGAGGAGGAGAUGAACGCGGCCAAGCACGUUGUUGGCUUUUUGGGCGGCAGUCCCAACAAUGUCUCAGAGGGCAAGGAGCCAGUAUCUCUUUCUUUCACUUCUCGUCACACAGCCAAAGACUACGUGGACUCAGACCCGUCUGGUCGCAAAGGGCUGCCCAUCACCACCAUCAAGCAGGGCGCAGAGCCUCCCACUUUCACAGGUUGGUUCCAGGCCUGGGAUGCCAAGAUGUGGGACAAGGAUCCACUGGAUAGAAUCCGCGCCCGCUUCUGAACACAGCCUUAUCCUCUGCACUCUGCCCUUUUUUCUAUCAGCUCUCUACAUUACAGUAUAAUUCCUGCUUUAAUCAAAUACCUAAGUGCCAAUACCAAUGUUAUUACAUUUAUGAGGUUGAAUAGCUCCACUAUGGUUCAUUCAUCUCUCAGUUUGGGCUUCUUGCCUUUGGAUUGUCAGGAAGAACCUGAAUAAAAUAUAAACAGCUCGUCUGUCCUGUUUCUAUCUCUUAGCGCUGCAUUCUUCGGUUUAUAAACUAGUAGCGAAACCAUCUCCAUUACCUGUUAUUUCUUUGUGCAUCAUGUUUAGUUAAACAGAACAUAUUCCAGGAAUUACAUCCUACUCUUUGUUGUUGACUUUUCUG